GCUGAAAAACUUGUUGUUGUCGGGGAAAAUGGCGUCCAACGUAGAGGCCCCGGAGCGCUGGUACCUCGCCCUUCUCGGCUUUGCGGAGCAUUUCCGAACCUCAAGUCCGCCCAAAAUCCGACUCUGUGUGCACUGUCUACAGGCAGUGUUUCAGUUUAAGCCUCCACAGAGGAUCGAGGCCCGGACACAUCUUCAGUUGGGCUCGGUUCUCUACCACCACACCAAGAACAGCGAGCUGGCCCGCAGCCACCUGGAGAAAGCGUGGUUUAUAUCGCAACAAGUCCCUCAGUUUGAAGAUGUCAAAUUUGAAGCUGCCAGCAUUUUGUCAGAACUCUUCUGCCAACAGAAUUUGGUGGACUCAGCAAAACCCCUUCUGCGCAAGGCCAUUCAGAUUUCAACAAAAAACACGCACAUGAAGCAACUGCAUAAUUUUCGAAGUUAUGAGAAGGUCGCAUAUAGCAACAGCUGUAAUACAAUUCUAGUGCAACUUCAUACACUGGAGAAAGACUUGGUGUCAGCAUGUGACCUGCUGGGGGUUGGAGCCGAGUACGCCCGAGUGGUUGGCUCAGAAUAUACCAGGGCACUGUUUCUCCUCAGUAAAGGAAUGUUGCUGCUAAUGGAGAGGAAGCUUGGGGAGGUGCAUCCUCUGCUCACACUGUGCGGAACUAUUGUAGAAAACUGGCAGGGAAACCCCAUCCAGAAGGAAUCCCUGAGGGUGUUCUUCCUGGUCCUACAAGUCACACACUACCUAGAUGCUGGACAGGUGAAGAGUGUGAAGCCGUGUCUGAAGCAGCUGCAGCAGUGCAUCCAGACCAUUUCAACACUCCACGAUGAUGAGAUUCUGCCCAGCAACCCGGCUGACCUCUUCCACUGGCUGCCCAAGGAGCACAUGUGUGUGCUCGUCUACUUGGUGACGGUCAUGCACUCCAUGCAAGCAGGCUAUCUGGAGAAAGCUCAGAAGUACACAGACAAGGCUCUUAUGCAACUAGAGAAACUAAAAAUGUUGGACUGCAGCCCCAUCCUCUCUACCUUCCAAGUCAUUCUACUGGAGCACAUCAUCAUGUGUAGACUCGUCACGGGCCACAAGGCCACUGCGUUACAAGAGAUCUCGCAGGUGUGUCAGCUGUGCCAACAGUCCCCCAGGUUAUUCACCAACCACGCUGCUCAGCUUCACACGCUAUUAGGUCUGUACUGUAUCUCAGUGAACUGUAUGGAUAAUGCAGAGGCACAGUUUACCACAGCCUUGCGGCUCACCACACAUCAGGAACUGUGGACAUACAUAGUGACCAACUUGGCCAGUGUCUACAUAAGGGAAGGAAACCGACACCAGGAGCUGUAUAGCCUCCUAGAGAGAAUAAACCCCGACCAUAACUUCCCAGUAAGCUCCCAUUGCCUCCGGGCUGCAGCCUUCUACAUCAGGGGACUCCUGUCCUUCUUUCAAGGACGCUACAACGAGGCCAAACGCUUCCUAAGAGAAACCUUGAAGAUGUCUAAUGCUGAGGAUCUGAACCGACUGACUGCCUGCUCCCUGGUUCUGCUGGGCCACAUCUUCUACGUACUGGGCAACCACAGAGAAAGCAACAACAUGGUUGUACCUGCCAUGCAGCUGGCCAGCAAGAUCCCGGACAUGUCUGUUCAGCUCUGGUCUUCAGCGCUGUUGAAAGACUUGAACAAGGCCCUGGGGAACACCAUGGAUGCCCAUGAAGCAGCCCAAAUGCACCAGAACUUCUCCCAGCAGCUGCUGCAGGACCACAUCGCUGCCUGCAGCCUCCCUGAGCAUAACCUCAUCAGUUGGACUGAUGGCCCUCCACCUGUCCAGAUCCAAGCCCAGAACGGCCCAACCACCAGCCUUGCAAGCCUGCUAUGAGAAGCCGUCAGUCUGGCCUAUCGCGGUAGCUGGUACAUUAUAACGAGCAACAGAUUGAUGCCUAACAACCUGCUAUCAGACCACUGUAGCUAUGAUUUGAGAGGAUUUUAAGAGGUCACAGAGUUCAGGCUUUCACUUUAUUAGCUUCUCAAGAUUGCUUCCCGAUUGUCUAUCACUUUUUUUUAUUUUUAAGUUGUUGUAAAGCAAUUGCAACACCUGUUGUAUAUGUAUCUCACGUUUCCUGAUGGGAUGGAUGCAAGGCAGGGUCGGACUCUUGAUUAGAGUAGUGAAGGACACAUAGCGACGUAUUUUAUGGGCUUCUUCGCCUCAGAUACAGAAAACCCUUCUCUACUUUUGCCAGGUUUCUUUUCCAUUUGUUGGAAGAAAAAAAAGGAGAGGGUAGAUAGGGGGACAGUAAAGAAAUGUAGAAGAAAUUAAUUUAUUCAUGUUGAUAUUUUUGUAUCUGUUGGUAAAUAUUUUACAUCUCGCCUUUUUGUAUGGAUCCUUUUUUUGUUUUUGUUUUUUUUCAUGCAUGGAUGAUGGAUGAGCUGACGUAGACUCCCUGUACAAUAGUUUCUGACCUGGAUUGCUAACAAUAAAUUUUUGGUUGAUCAUUGUUUGCACAAAAUCCAUAUUAGAAAGAGUAGAGACAUGUUGUAAUAUAUUUUCACACAAUAAUUAAAUUGGCAGUACACAUUGUAGUGGGAGAAUGUACAAUUCACUGUGUGCAGUUCCUCUGUGGACCAGAAUUUGGUGACUGUGAGGGUUGCCACAUACCCUUUUAAAGCAACAUUUAACUGAUGUAUUUUUUGAAGUUCCAUAAUAUAAGAAUUCCCUGUUGAUGUAUUCAUUUUUACAAAUCAGGUUUAGACUUUUGGAGCUUACAGUAAUCUUCAGAUAUUCAAAAAGUGAAUUUUAUUUUUAUUUUGUUAUAUUUUAAUUUGUCUUGAUAGUUCCACUAAAUGGUUUCUUUACAGUAUGUUUGUAUAGAUUUGCCACUCGUUGAACAUUUAUUGUACAGUGACAUUUUAUAAAGUCAAUUUAGUAAAAGUGUGAUAUGUAUUUUUUAGCUAUCCUAUGUAGAAAACUCAAUGCUUGGUAUUUAAGGCACUCUGUAAGGACACAGUUUAAGCUUGAGUACUGGCCAUAUUCUAUCCAAUGCCUAUGUUUUUAAUGCUUACAUUGUUUUCAAUAAUUUUCCAAUAAAAAUCUGAUUGAAAAUUUUAAAUUAA